GCAGUGUUGCCGAACGCAGUGUUGCCAUCUCGGAUGAAAUUUAGAGACUUUUGGGGAAAAACUCUGUGGACGAUCAAGCCUCUACAAAGACAGCGAACAGCGAACUUGUUCAAAUUUGGUCCCAUAUAUUAGGAAGGUUUGGAUUCUGAGGUUUUAGCAACUAUAUGUAAAAAAUAUUCUCCUCCCACUAACUUAAGCCUUGCUAAUGCCCCCAAACUGAACUCAGAGGUUUUAUCGGUUCUCACGGAACAACACAAGCAGCGGGACUUGAAGCUCUCUAAGCUCCAAGACCAGAUGGGGCUGCCCUGGUGGCAAUUGGCAAAGCGCUGACAAUUCUGUUGCAAAAAGGGGAGGGGGCACAUACCAGAGUGCUGGUCGAAUGCCUCAGUGAUGCCGGACGUUUAAUUUCGGACAUUCACCAUGAAGAAUCUACGUGUAGGCGGAAUUUGGUAUCGGUGAGUGUAGACAAACAGCUCCGAGGAACCCUUUCUAACGUAUCUGUGGAUGGUUGGCUGUUUGGACAAAAUCUGGGUGAUCGGGUGAAAGCAGCUCGUGAAAUGGAAAAAUUGUCAUCCAACCUGAAGCCUAAAGCAGUUACUGCUACACUGACGUCUUCGGUAAACUUCAAGGGUCUGCCUCGAGUGAAUGUCAAGGGUUAUCGAGGCAGACCGAAAUACUCACGGAAAACCCCGAGUUUCGAAGCCAAGACUCCUCGGAAAGCCCCCCGAUCAACGAAAGAAAUUCGUCCAGCAUACAGAAACCAAUCAAACCCAAGCCUAUCAAAAGCGGACCCUUUAAAGCACAGUCGUCACUGA